AUGUCCAACCGCGGCAGGUUUAGCGGCCUUGCGACUUGGUUCGACAAAAUUGCAGCAUUCAGCAUUGAGUCCCUCUUCGUAAAGGAAAGGUCGCCUGGACCAAGGCGGACGGUCUUUGUCAACGAGAGUCUACCGGAAGACUAUUAUGACAAGAAGGGGCGAAUAAAGAAGGACCAUGUUUAUGCGUCGAACCAGGUCAUCACUUCCAAGUAUAACAUCAUUACUUUUCUACCGCGGAAUCUACUUGAGCAGUUCAGACGGGUGGCGAAUGUGUACGUUCAAUUUCCUUCAGCUUCUUCAAAUUCACCAACCGGUCUUCAGUUUCUUCCUUGGCAUCGCUAUCCUACAACUUCUCCCCCAGUUCUCCACCGUUUCCCCUGGUCUUGUUAUUCUUCCUCUUCUUUUCGUUCUCGGGAUCACUGCUCUAAAGAUGGUUAUGAGGACAUUAAACGCCAUCAAUCUGAUCGCCGAGUCAACCAUGGCACUGUCCGCAUUCUCACUGGAGGCAAUCGGAUUAAUACCAACGUCACUGGCGACAAAAGUCAUGACCUCAUGCACCACGUAAACCGCUACCUUAUCCCUGCGAGGUUCAGAAAAACGAAACCGCCUACUCUACUUGCGGAAAAGGUAGAAGGGAAGGAAGGUCUCGAAUCAGAUCCACUGUCGCUGCUUCCUGAUAUUGAGUUCGAUGACGGCGCCGAUCACCCUCACCACCACCAUCACCACCACCUCUUCGGUCACCACUCUCACCCUAGUCCUCAUUGGAAGAAGGCGCUUUGGGAGGAUGUUUGCGUUGGUGACUUUGUGAAAAUCUUAGACAACGAGUCUUUACCCGCCGACAUUCUCAUAUGCGCAACGUCCGAGGACGAGAAUUUCGCAUUUGUCGAGACGAAGAAUUUGGAUGGAGAAACCAAUCUCAAAUCGCGAAACGCCGUUCCUUCAUUGACACAUUUGGUGAACGCCAAAGCGUGCUCGGAGAGCAAGUUUACCGUCGAUUUGGACCGUCCGGACAACAAUAUGUUCCGUUUAAAUGCCACGAUCAAGGCAAAUGGCGAACAGGCUCCAGCGGAUAUUCAGAUGACGCUGUUGAGAGGAGCGGUACUGAGGAAUACUGGCUGGGUUAUCGGCCUCGUUCUAUUUACAGGCGAGGACACCAAAAUCGUGCAGAACUCGGGCCGAGCGCCUAGCAAGAGGAGCAGGGUAGAAAGACAAAUGAACCUUCAAGUAUUUCUUAUUUUAGUAAUCCUUGUAUGUAUGGCAGUUGCAUGUGCCGUCGCUGAUUCUGUCUUGGAGCAACAACAGUAUCCUCAAGGCGCACCAUGGCUCUAUGGUGACAACCAGAGUGACGAUAACCCUACUAUCAACGGUCUCGUCACUUGGGCCUUCGCUCUCAUCACGUUCCACAACGUCAUACCCAUUGCACUGUACAUUUCCAUCGAAUUCGUUAGGACAUGGCAAGCCGCCUUCAUAUAUUUCGACUACGAGAUCUGGUACCCAAAGACAGACCAAGCCACUCUUGCUCGGUCGUGGAACUUAUCUGACGAUCUUGGACAAAUUGAGUACAUAUUUUCGGAUAAGACAGGUACUUUGACUCAGAACGCUAUGAUAUUUCGACAGUGUUCGAUCGGCGGUAAAAUGUACGUUGGCGAGGAAGCACCUCCGGCCGCCAUCUCGGCAGAUGAUCAUGCUGCUAGCGGUGACGGACCCUCAGCGACUGCUACUGAGCCGGUGCCCGCGCCCGCGAAGGCCGUAGAAACCCACUUCCACUGCGAACCACUCGAGAAGGACAUUGCUGCUGCCCUGCAGUCGAGCUCGGCGUCGGAGAAUACUGCUCAUGCACAGGCUUUGAAUGGCUUUUUCUUGGUCCUGGCCUUGUGUCAUACCGUUCUUACCUCCAUCGAUCGCGACACUGGAAAGAUCGAAUACAAGGCCCAAAGUCCGGAUGAAGCGGCACUGGUACGUGCGGCGGCGGAAGUAGGAUAUGUUUUCCGUGGUCGCGACAGGGAGGUUCUGACCUUGCAAACACCCUUGUCCACCGGCCCCGAGGAUGUCGAACGCUAUGAGAUCCUCAACAUCUUGGAGUUCACUAGUGCCCGGAAGAGGAUGAGUGUGGUUCUGCGGAAGCUGGACGAUGCAGAUGGCAGACUGUUCUUGCUGACGAAGGGAGCAGACAAUGUUGUUUUUGAGCGACUACGGAAAAGCGGAGAUGAAGGAUUGCGGGAGUUAACCGAGAUGCAUCUGAGUGAAUUCGCCAACGGAGGAUUGAGGACAUUGGUUCUCGCAUAUAAAGUCAUCAACGAGGACGAGUAUGCUGCUUGGAGCGAACAUUACCAUGAAGCCACCGUGGCGCUCGAUAAUCGGGAAUCACGCAUAGAAAGCGUUUCUGACGAGCUGGAACAUGAUUUACGAUUAUUGGGUGCCACAGCUAUCGAAGAUAGUCUGCAGGACGGGGUGUGGGUAGCGACUGGCGACAAGUUGGAAACGGCUAUUGCUAUCGGACAUAGUACCAACCUGAUCGGUCGAGAGUCCAACAUCAUCGUUGUUAGGGGUGGAAAUAAUCGUUCGCGAUCAGUUUAUCAGCAGAUGCUUCAUGCAGUCGAGGAGUUCUUCCCCGAAAGUGGGAUUCUUGACGACCAGCGCUUGCUGAAAGAGCACAAGUUGGCAUCCGUCUCUUCUGGGGACGAUAAUGCAUUGCGGAGGAUCGAGACGGGAAUCUCUUCGAUUGUAGGACCAAACAAUGGUGAUCGACCCGGUGGAUUCGUUCUAGUCAUUGACGGCACGGCGUUGGACUAUGCAAGUUUCGACGCUUUGGGUGAUGAAGCGCACAAAAGCUUAUUGCUGAAGCUCACAAUGUUUUGUGAAGGUGUGAUCUGCUGUCGUGUAUCCCCUUUGCAAAAAGCCUUGGUCGUCAGGCUAGUCAAGGAUGGCCUUGGUGCUAUGACUUUGGCUAUUGGGGAUGGGGCAAACGACGUUAGCAUGAUCCAGGCCGCUGACGUCGGUGUCGGGAUUUCUGGCAUGUUCAAGCUCAGUAUAAUAUCAUUACGACCAACGCACAUGCUAAUCAGUCGACAGUUCCGAUUCCUCAAACGACUGCUUUUUGUUCAUGGGCAUUGGUCAUACGCUCGCAAUGGAAAUAUGAUUCUGAAUUUCUUCUACAAGAACAUUGUUUGUGCAGGCAUUCUUGGGUGGUUCCAAAUUUACUGUGGUUGGAGUUCCUACUACGUAUUUGAAUAUACAUAUCUCCUAUUCUGGAAUGCCUUCUGGACUUUUGCGCCUGUCAUUGUCAUCGGUCUUUUUGAUAGAUUACUAGACGCGGACGUUUUGAUGGCUAUACCCGAGUUGUAUCGUUCUGGCCGUGAAGGCAAAUGGUUUGGCCUCAAAUGGUUCACCGUCUAUGUGCUCGACGGUGUAUAUCAGUCUGCUAUCAUAUUUUUCUUCAUUCUCUAUGGCUACUUUUCUCCCACUUCAAGAGCUGAUGGCUACGAACAAUAUCUCCUAGAAUUCUCAACUACAAUGGUAUUCUCUGGCGUCAUUGUUGUUAACCUUUUCAACGGUAUGAAUACCCAUGUCUGGAACGGCUGGGUAUUCUUCGCUGUCUUCAUCGGUAUUAUUCUCGUAUGGUUAUACACGAUCACCCAUGACGCCAUCUCCCCAGAUUGGUUCGUUAACAGCAUAUAUCUGUUCAGAUCCGCACUCUUUUGGCUUUCCCUUCCAAUUACUGUGUGCGUUUCGUUGGCGCCGAGAUACGUCGCCAAAGCAUGGAAGUUCGGCUUUGCGCCUGAUGAUGUUGACAUCCUGCGGUACAUACGAAAGGUCCACCCUGACCGAGACUUACGCAGUACGCAUCAUGAAGAGGGUAUUGGCCUACAAGCCAUGAAGAGACCGGUUUAUGGAGAUGAUGUGCUUUCAAGACGGGCGUCUUACGCCUCCAUGGUUGCUGGACCGUCGAGGCUUGGAUUACAUUCGGCCGUGGACAUUCGGUCUGCCAGUCGGACAGAUAUGUCGACCGGCAUACGGUCGGUGCAUCGUGGAUUUGACUUUGCUACCGAGGAAGGAGGAGUGGCUAUAAGCAGGAUGCAGAGUCAUUUGUCGGAGAGGAGGUCGAGUAGUCGCAACCUGACCGAAUUUCCUAGUAUGGCUGGUCGACACAAGUCAGGCAAGAAGAGCACCGAUGGGAAGAAGAGUUCUAAUGGACCACACCACGGUUUCUCGAUACGGAAGGGGCUACGAAAGUUCAGGGCUACAUCUGGUUCCGAAAACCCGUCAUAG